AUGAACAACCAACGGGACACCAACGUCACCGGCCCUGGCACUGCAGCAGGAUCACAAGCGCAGAACAAAGCCACGGCCGAGCCGGUGUCCAGCAGCGCAUCAGGAAAGCUCGGUGAACAGGUCGGUCGCGGGGUAAGAGACGUCUUUUCCGGCAUCCACGGGGCUGGGGAGUCGUUGCGGGGAGGCUUGAAUGCGGCCGUCGACAAGGCGUUUGGAAGCGAGGCAGGCGUGCAGAAGGACGAUGCUAUUGCGCGCCGGGGAGAGCGCGAGAUGAAGGCCGGCAGACUUACCAAAGACGCGUAA